AUGAACCUAGAAAAAAGGGUUGAAGGUUGGAACGAACAUAUAACAGGAAUUCUUGGAAUUCCUUGGGGAUUCCUGAUUGGUGCUGAACUCACCAUAGCGCAAAGUCGUAUUUCUUUGGUUAAUAAGAUCCAAAAGGUUUAUCGAUCCCAGGGGGUACAGAUUCAUAAUAAGCAUAUAGAGAUUAUUGUACGACAAAUAACAUCAAAAGUGUUGGUUUCAGAAGAUGGAAUGUCUAAUGUUUUUUCACCCGGGGAACUAAUCGGAUUGUUGCGAGCAGAACGAGCAGGUCGUGCUUUGGAAGAGGCUAUUUGUUACCGAGCCGUCUUAUUGGGAAUAACGAGAGCAUCUCUGAAUACUCAAAGUUUCAUAUCAGAAGCUAGUUUUCAGGAAACCGCUCGAGUUUUAGCAAAAGCCGCUCUCCGGGGUCGUAUUGAUUGGUUGAAAGGUCUGAAAGAGAAUGUUGUUCUGGGGGGAUGA